AUGAGGGCCCUUAGCCAGUCUUUUAGCUUCAGCCGGCUCAUCCUUCAAAUGAUAACAGCAACGCUCUCCUCAGGGUGAGACGGCCAUGUGAGGUGAGACGGCCGAGGGACCGUGCUCAGCAGGCUUCCCAGAAAGACGGCCUGUAACCAGGCUUCCUUUGCCAGUUCCCUCCCUCUUCACCCUGGGGCUCUUCGGGGCUCUCGCGGCGGGUGGGGGGGCGCCCGCCUCGCUCCAUGCGCUCUCGGGGCAGAUCCCACCGCCUCACCCGCCGCCACUGGCUCCCGGCUCUUCACCCGGAGCACCAGUCAGCCGCAACACCUCCACUUGGGCGCUGUAAGAGCAUCUCACCACCCCGCCCCCGCCCCGAGGCCGGAACGCCUGCGGAGGAGUGCUGAGCCCGCCCCCGCCCCUCCAUUCUGGGUCUUCCCCGCUGCCCGUCCCUCCAAGGCCUCCCUGACCCUCCCUAUCCAAAGAACAUCCAACUUUCCCUCAACCCUCUUCUCUUACCCUGCUUUAUGACCCCUUCAGAGCGUUUCACUACUAGGCUUACGUGUGUGACCGUAUAUUUGAUAAUGGUCGUUUUUGUUGGCUGUAAAUUCCAUGAGUGCAGGGACUUGGCCUCUCGCGGUCCCCAGUCCCCAGAACCUAAAACCCUACGAGCACAGCACAGGGACUCAGGCAUUGCUUGUUCCUUGAAUGAAUGACUCCACAAACCUCCUCAUCCUCUCCUGCCCCGAGGUCGAGUGAAUGGCACCACCCCAUAGGCAGAAACCUGCUGUUGCCCUUGGUUUUAACCUGUUCUUCCUCUCACCCAAAUCCAUGUUACCAGGUGCUACAAAUCCCCGCUGAACGGUUACUGAAUCAGCCUGCGUCUCCAUUCCCGUGGCCCUUACCUAGCUCAGGGAACCUCCCUCCCUCUCCCGGACCAGCCCCUUCUCUCCACCCACCCACCCCACGGCCCCCCAGUCCAUUCUCUACUCUGCUGCCAAACAGCAGGUUUCCCCUGAGGUGCAUGUAAGCCACAGGAAGCAGGCCUUCGUGCUGCCUUCAGGACCUUCGCCUAGUCCAUCCCCUCCCACCCCUCGGUCUGACACCCUCUGGGCUCAUCUUAGGCACCUGUCCCUCCCGAAGUAUUCCUCCUGUUUUAGGCUGUAUCAGCAUUUAUCACGCUGGAUUGUCACUGCCCAGAGGACCGCCCUGUGUCCGCGCGCAGUCUGCAGGGUGGAAAUACUGUGGCCAACACACCUCUCAGAAUUACUAGAAAUUGACCUUCCCUCUCUGAGCAUGUUGCCUUAUCUGUAAAACGAGAUACCGAUAGUCUGUGAUGAUGGUGGGGAUUGAAUAAGAGUUUUAAAGCAGCAGGUACAGCCUACGUUGGGUGCAAAAUGAAACGGGAGCUUUAAAAAAGAACUGCUGAGAGCUGCAGCUGUUCCUUGCAAACUGCAGGGCACGGACCCAGCCCACAACCGCAGUCUGUGUAGUAUAUUCAGGCCGCACUGAACACGGGCCCUGCAGGCGGCGGAGCGGACUGUGUUCAUGCAACAGAACCUAGAACUGGGGCGAUGAGCUGAGGCCCAGCGGUGACAGGCCGCUCCUAACGGCUCCCGGGCGCCCAGCGCCCGGAACUGCACCGGUGUGCCGGGUGCCAUGGUUCCGGGUUGCGGAGGUUCCGGGGUCUCGAGGUCCAAAGUGCCGGAACGCGACCCAAACCCAGCCCUGACCGGCAGCCCUCGCGCUGACGGCCCCGCCCCCGGCUGAGGCGCUCCGUCAAAGCCCAUUCAUUGGUCGGCGGCCUGUGCGCCCUGCUCACGUGAUGCGCCACAGGACGCUGCACGGGACGCGACCCGGGACGCUGCACGGGACGCGACCCGGAAGCCGGCGUUGCUGCGGGCUCUUCUCCCGGAGUCGCCAGAGUGCGGAUUGCGAGGGCUGCUCUCCGGGCGGCGGCGGCGGCGGCAGCGGCGGCGGUGGCGGUGGCGGCGGCGGCAGGAUGUUCACGACGGGGGCGGAGAGUCUGCUCCGCCAGGCCAGGGAGAUCCGGGACGAGGAGCUGGGCAAGUUCUGUGCCCGGGUCUGUGCGCUACUGCGGAAGGAGGACUGGGGUCCCGGCGCCGUGGACGCCCUGCGGAGGCUCUUCCUCAUCGUCUCGGCCACGAAAUACAGCAGGAGGCUGGAGAAGCCUUGCGUGGCACUGCUGCAGACCACCCUCUGCUCGCCCACCUGCCCCGAGCAGCUCCAGCUCCUCUGCGCCGCUGUCCUGAGAGAGAUGUCACCCUCCGACAGCCCGAGCCUCUCCUGCGACCACAUCCAGGGCACGCGGCAGCUGGACCUCGUGGCCUCUGUGCUCUUGGCCCAGGGUGACCAACAGCAGGUGAGGAGCUUGGGCCAGUGUGUCCUCAAGGUCCUGGAGAGCCGGCAGCCCGAGGGGCCCAGCCUGAGGCACCUCCUCCCUAUCGUGUCCAAAGUCACCAGCCUGGCCCCGGACGCCCUCCGUGAAGAGCAGACCAGGGCGCUCAGCAAGCGGCUGGGGGACUGGCUCCGCUACGCCAGCGUCCAGCAGGGGGUCGCCCACUCCUCCGGGGGCUUCUUCUCCACGCCCAGAGCCCGGCAGCUGGGCCCUGUCACCGAGGUGGACGGGGCAGUGGCCACGGACUUCUUCACGGUGCUGUCCACGGGCCAGCGCUUCACGGAGGACCAGUGGCUGAACGUGCAGGCCUUCUCCAUGCUGCGGGCCUGGCUGCUGGACAGCAGCCCUGGGGGCUCCAGUGCCCCGGAUGUAGACGACAGGUCGGAGCUGGAAGGCUCCACCCUGUCCGUGCUCUCGGCCGCCUCCGCCGCCGGCCACCCGCUGCCGCCCCAGGAGUGGCUGCAGGAGAAGGCCUUCGAGUACUGCCAGCGCCUGCUCGAGCAGAGCAGCCGCCGAGCCCUGAGGAAGGCAGACUCAGACCUGCAGAAAGCAUGUCUGGUGGAGGCCGUGCUGGUGCUGGACGUGCUCUGCCGGCAGGACCCCUCCUUCCUGUACCGCACCCUCUCCUGCCUGAGGCCCCUGUACACGCGCCUGCGCGGGGACCCAGCCUGGGUGCGGGCGCUGCUGCCCGUCGCCCGGUUCUUCCUGCGCCACGGGGAGGCCGCCGCAGUGGACGCGGAAGCCGUCUACCAGCACCUCUUCACCGGGAUCCCCGCUGAGCAUUUCCACAGCCCGAUGCUGGCCUUCGAGUUCGUCCAGUUCUGCAGGGACAGCCUGCCUCUGUUGGGCAGAAACCUUGGCGUCCUCAGGACAAGCUUCCCCAACCUCUUCAAGUUCCUGGCUUGGAACAGCCCGCCCCUCACCUCCGACUUCGUGGCGCUCCUCCCAUCGCUGGUCGACGCGGGGACGGCCGUGGAGAUGCUCCACCUGCUGCUGGACCUGCCUUGCCUGACCGCGGCCUUGGACCUGCAGCUCAGGUCACUGCAGACCGCGUCCGAGAGGCCACCCUGGGACGUCUCCAUCAGGGCCCCCGGCUGCCUGGAGGCCUUCCGGGACUCGCAGGUCCAGGGUCUCUUCCAGCACCUGCUGCGUGCCCAGGCCAGCGGGACCGCGGAGAGGUUGACGCCGCUCUACCGGCUGCUGCAGCCCCUGGCCGGCUGCGCCCGGGUGGUCCAGUGCGCCGAGGCCGUGCCCACCCUGCUCCGGGCGUUCUUCUCGGCGGUGACGCAGGUGAGCCCGCUUCCUGGGGCCUCUGUCCCUGCAGCAGAGGGCCGGCCGGAGCCAGGACCCACAGGGCCCCAGCUUCCUCGGUGGCCAAGGGGCCGGUCCGUCACAGCAGACAGGGCUGCUCACACCAGCCCCGGCCCGGCUCCUGUCCCUCCCAGAACUGGGGCCGAGAGAAGCCCCCAGGGCAGCAGCAGCCAGCCAGGUCCGGAGCAGAGGUGUUCCCUGGGGGUGGGACGCAGUCUCUCUCUCUCUCUCUCUUCCCCCCAGUUUGCUGACGGGGUCCUGGCCAGCCAGCUGGCACUGCUGCUCCUGGAGCGAAGCGACUCGCUUUACCAGGUCCCGGGGUACGAAGCCGGUGUGCACAGGGUGCUGGGCUCCCAGUUCCCGGCCUUGUGCAAGCUGCAUCCCCCGCUGGUGGUCGAGCAGGCGAAGGAGCUGCUGGAGUUUGUGGGCGGCCCCCGCGGCGGCGGGCACGUGCUCGCGUCCGUGGUGUGGGCCAUCGGCGAGUACCUGUCGGUGUCCUGGGACCGGCGGUGCACCGUGGAGCAGAUCAACAACUUCUUCGAAGCCCUGGAGGCCCUGCUCUUCGAGGUCACCCAGUCGCGGCCCUCCACCACCCUUCCCAAGUGUCCUCCGCAGGUCAUCUCCGUGCUCAUGACCACACUGACCAAGCUGGCCUCCCGGAGCCAAGACCUGAUUCCCAGGGCCUCCCUGCUCCUGUCGAAGAUGAGGAGCCUGGCCCAGAGCCCAGCCCCGGGCUCCGUGUGCGGCGAGGACGCGGGUGCCGUCCGCACGCGGGCCACCGAGCUGCUGAACCUGCUGAAGAUGCCCAGCGUGGCCCAGUUCGUGUUCACGCCCAGCGUGGCCGCAUCCGAGCCCCGUUACCACCGCGACACCAACACGGCCCUGCCCCUGGCCCUGCGCACGGUCAGCCGGCUGGUGGAGAGGGAGGCGGGCCUGCUGCCAGGGUGAAGGGACCGGUAGACGCCGGGCGGGGCUGCACGUUGAGAGCCUGGUAUUACCAGCCAUGGCUUCGGUGGUCAGGGAGGCCGUCACAGUCUCGGCCUUUGGCCUCUAUGUGUCCUUCUUAACCCCUUUCUCUCGUGACCGCGCUGAGCUGUGUAGUGACACAGCACUGAUUGAUUCUCGGCUUUAGCCCCUCUUGGGACUGGGUGGAAGCUGCUUGGUUUGUGUCUUGCCGGUCCUUGUGUGUUUGUUUGGGGGCAAGAAGAGAUACGGCGAAAAUAAAUCUCCUUUACAAAAUGGCUGCGUGAACGAGGCGGGGUCUGUUCUUUUUCCCUCCACCCAGGAAGCAGGGAGCCCCACAGGCAGCCGCGUAGCUGCUGCGGGGUCCAGGGGCUGCAGCGCUGCGGGGCUGCGAGAGCUGGCCCUGGGGCUGGGAGGGGCCUUCACCGGGUGCUCUUCCUUCUUGCCUAACCAACCCCCGUGUGUCAGGGCCGAGCCCCGUUCAGCGCGUGUCCCAGGUGGCACAGAAACCACAGCUCACUAACACGUGCGGUCAGUCAGGGAGGAAGCAGUGUCAACCUCCCCGAGGUGACCGCUGCCGCUGGGAAAAUGGGUUUGGUCAGUGACAUUUCUUAGACCUUCUCCCGCUCCUAAGUUGAAGACGAUAAGGCUGGGGCGCUGGGGCUCUGGGGCCCCUGCGGGGUGGGCUGGAGGUGCUGUCACCUUUGCAGACGGCAGCCUCCUGCGAGCAGGAGGACGGGCAGGGCACCCAGCAGACUGCUCCCAGUGACCAGGAUACCUGCCGCCAGAAGCCUUGCUGGGAGCAAGUCCGGGUGCGCUUUGCUCUUACACCAAGUGGGCAAGACACAUACCCCCUCCUGUCAAGCGCUUUCUACCACUGUUCCGUUCAAGUCAGGCUCCGCCCCGCUUGUAAACCAACCCCCAAGGCUGCACCCCAGCUCUCCGGGCGCCUGGCGGGGCUCGGCCACUAGGUGGUGCUGCUGCUCCGAAAGUCCCAGCCCGCCCGCUCCGCCGCGCCCAUCCAGGCCUGCUCCUAGCCACGCCCCUCGCGGGCUCGGCCACGCUCCUAGCCACGCCCCCAGGCUCCGGCCACGCUCCUAGCCACGCCCCCAGGCUCCGGCCACGCUCCUAGCCACGCUCCUAGCCACGUUCCUAGCCACGCCCCCAGGCUCCGGCCCCGCUCCCGCGGUCCGGUGCCUCCGCCCCCGGCGGUUUGGCGCCCCCUGACGCCCUAAGAAACGCCCGCCGCCGCCGCCGAGGAGGCUGAUGAGGGCCGGGGCGGGCGCCGCAGGGGCGGGCGCCUCUGGCUGGCGUCCCGGCCCCAGGAUGCUUUCCGAGAAGCGACAGGUGGUGCGCGGAGCAGAGCCGUGGGGCACCGGUGCGGGGCGUGCCAAAGGACACCUGACCCUCCCAGGAUGGGACCAACCCAGCCCUGCGAGCCCCGCCCCGGCGACGCCCAUCUCCCGCCCCGGCCCGGGCCUGCCCGGCCCUCCGGACUUGCGUCCAGGGAGGCCAGGGUUGAGGAGGUGACACUUAAGAGAAAAUGCUUUUUUUCAAUUUGCCAAAUGCCAAUUAAUGCUCAGCUUUCAGUUUUUUCACGUCGUUCGUUCAGAUAUUGCAAGUUUGGGUCUCAGACUGGUUCCUACGAACCAGUUUGAGAAUACGGAUUUUGAGGGGACUUUUUUCCCCGCUUCACCCAGAGCCAAGGCCGCUCUAGAAACG